CAAGGAAUCAAAUGACAGUCAGUGCUGCUAUGAUUGGGGGGUGGCUUCCCACUGUGGAAGGUCAAGGCACUUUUUUUUUUACGUCCCGUCGAGCACACAGCCACAAUCACUCAGUUGUCGGUGUCAUCAUCUGGUUUUUGUCAACACUACAUCAGAAGGUAAGAAAGAGAAGAGCGAAUGAAUAUCCACAGUUGAUCUCAGGCCAGUAAACAAAAACGUGCUGGAGCUGCUUUCAUCAUGGAGAGCAGUUGGUUGCUCAAGGCGGUUUGCGUUGUGUUCUUCAUCAACGAUGAGUUGUCGGAAAGUUCGACUCAUCAUCAUUUCCCUUCAGGCGUGUCUGGCUGCGACCGAGGAGUCUAUGAGAACGUCAUCGACGAUUUCUGUUUGGUUAAGUUCAAGUCGGACAUGGGGGCAAUAGACAAACGUCUGUGGUGCAGCUGGCCGGACACCACGCAGAUCUAUGAGGAUCUGACUAACUGCACCUACCAGGUGGCCCUGAGUAUGGACUGCUUCUGGCCCGAUCAGAUAGUCGACCGCUUCUUUGCGAGGAUCCACAGAGACUACUUUCUGGACUGCCCGCCGACCGGCCGGCUCAUCCGCGACCCGCCGGCUAGUGUCCUUGCUCCAUUCAUCGGUGUGCCCAUAUUGGUCACCUUGCUCGUGACAGCCCUGGUGGUGUGGAGGAGUAAACACACAGAGGGUGUUCUAUAGCAACACUUCUACAUGGACGCCUUUUUUUUUUUGUGGUGACAUCAUAAUUCGACAAAAUAUGUGAGCAGGAUAUUCACAUGCUCGUCAAAAAGCGGUGACUUAUGUUAUUCUUUUUCAAACAUCCCUUUAAGUGAAGCUGAUCUUAACUCAUCCACUGCCAGCCAAGUUAAAAUGGAUCUUUGACGUCAAUAGCCGUCAAUGGUAGUAAACGAGUUAAUAAUCUCUUGCAAAGGAAUUAAGUAUAAGACUGAAAGGAUUUUAGAAUGAAAAAACACAAUGCAAAAGAAAACAGCCUCCAUUUUUGUAGUUUAGCUUUAUUCAAAAGUAUGCGGGCUAAGGAGUAUUUCUUUUUGUAACUCUUAACAGAUCCUUGGUUUAUAGUAUUUCUAUUACUAUAAUACAAAAGGAUCACGGUUUUCGUGCCAGCAUGUAGAAAUACUUGAUCUUCAUAGUGAGCUCCGUGUCUGGCGAGGACACCUGCAUGGCAGCCAUCAGCCUGAAACGAAAGACGAGUUAAAUUCAAUAUUGGUCGAGAGAAACAAAGAGUAUGUCAGCAACAGCGGUAAACAAAGCAGUGAUUGCAAUGUCUCACUUGUUUCUGAUGUUGUCAGAGAGUCGCUCGGCCUUGAUGGCAUCCUGGCUCUUCAGAUUCUGGUAGUUAGUAAAUGUCUCUAUCAAACCGAUAAAACUGUUUACAGUCACCGUCCUGUAAAUAUUUUGACAGCCGUUCCUAGAUGCACACAAAAUGGAGAAGGAAAAUUUAAAAGGGCCAUUCUGUGCAAAUGUUAUUUUUUUAUAUACAAAUAGUUGGUACUCCUAGGUACCUGCCUAGCCAUAAAGUUAAAAUAAUUAAACACAAGUAUGUCUUGGUAAAUAACGAAAAUUAUUUUCUGAAUAAUUGACCAAUCACGACCCACCGACUGCUACAACACUCCUUGAGGUUCUUUGAUUUAAAAAAAAAAAUCUAUUAAGACAUAUCGGGACUAUUUUGAAUUGUGAUAAAAUUGCAUUAUUAUAGAAUCAAAAAAAUAGUACACUCACCACUCUUUUUCCGGGAAGGAGCAGGAGUCAAACAUGUCGAAGUAAAUUUGUGACGGACAGGAGCCCAGACAAGGGUGAUUAAAAGGAAGCAGAGCUGCAUAAAACUAAUCAUGAAAAAUCAUGACAAAAACAUCACAAGUCACUAAAGCAAACCUGUCAGAAUUUCUGAAACACAAAAACAAAUUCAAUUUCUUCAUAGUUAACAGCCAAUCGGAGUGACCGAUCGGAGUGACCAAUCGGAGUGACCGAUCGGAGCGACCGAUCGGAGCGACCGAUCGUCACAAAUCAAAUUCAAAUCAGACUCAAAAUGCAUAAUGACACAAAAUUUUCAUCAGUCUUUGCCAUCAUUCUGCUUGUAUGAUGAGUGUGUGUGCAAGAUUGGCAUAUGUGUGGAUUUGAUUUCAUAAAAACUUGACUGUGGCUGGUGUUAUAAACAUUGACUUUUCAA